GUGCGUGAUGACGUUCGCGCGCGGCUGCUGAGGUCAGCCGGCGAUUGACCCGGGCAGAGCUUUAUCGACAGGUUGAGGUGGUUCCUGGCGAAGGCUGACCGGUUCCCUCCCGCUCGAGAAAUAUCCAAGCGAGCGUUUGUUUAAAAUCUCUGGUGGCGGCGGCAACCUGAGGGCUGGGUUGAACGAGUUAGUGUGAUGGCGUCCUUGGAGCGGGUGAAGGUGUUGGUGUUGGGGGAUUCAGGAGUUGGGAAAUCAUCUCUUGUCCAUUUGUUGUGCCACAACCAGGUGUUGGGAAAUCCAUCAUGGACAGUUGGAUGCUCAGUUGAUGUGAGGGUUCAUGAUUAUAAAGAAGGCACGCCAGCUGAGAAAACGUAUUACAUCGAACUUUGGGAUGUUGGUGGAUCUGUGGGCAAUGCCAGCAGUAUUAAAAGCACUAGAGCUGUAUUUUACAACUCCGUGAAUGGUGUAAUAUUAGUGCACGACUGUACAAACAAAAAGUCAUCCCAGAAUCUCUACAGAUGGUCAUUAGAAGCUUUAAAUAAGGAUUCAUCUCCUACUGGAGUCAUCGUGACGAACGGGGACUAUGAUCGUGAACAGUUUGCUGAUAACCAGAUUCCGUUACUGGUCAUUGGUACUAAGUUGGACCAGAUUCAUGAAACUAAAAGGAAUGAAGUUUUGACAAGGACUGCAUUCUUGGCAGAAGAUUUCAAUGCUGAAGAAAUUAAUCUGGAUUGUACCAAUCCACGAUAUUUGGCUGCAGGUUCUUCCAAUGCUGUGAAACUGAGCCGCUUUUUUGAUAAAGUCAUAGAAAGGAGGUAUUUUUCACGUGACAGUAAUCAGAUCCCUGGUUUUGCUGACCGAAAGCGAUUUGGAGCAGCAGGCACGUUGAAGGUUCUUCAUUAUGAUUGAGCAGAAUUGCCAGUAAUUUGCAUGUAUGACAGCAAAUGCCUUCUGCUCAGCUCACGACAUCACACAUUGAUUACACGGUUAAAUAUUUGGGACAAUUUUCUUUCAGGAAUGGUUUCCCUCUUUCUCUUUUUCUAUAAAAGAUGGUGAAGAUUGAGCAGUAUGAGGUUGUUGAAAAAUAAAUAUGUUUUCAUGUAUUUGGUGGCACAGAAAUCAAGUAUUGCUGAAAAAGGAGAUAUUUUCUUCUUUUUUUUUUGAAGCUUUUUGUGAUUUGCCUUGAGACAGCAAUGCAUUGACCAGAAUCAAUGUUUGAAGUUAACUAUUAAUCGUCAUCUAACUGGUGCAUCUCCAUGGCACAGUCUGUACAAUCAAAGUCAUUUGCUAACCAAUUGGCACUUCUGCUAAUGCAGUAUAAAGUGUUGUGCCCCCCUUUACAUUGGUGAUCUUGUGAAUGUCCUGAUGGGUGCAAGAUGAAAAGCAUUGACAUGUGUGACGUUUUUCAGCAAAACUAUCUUGCAUUAUCUGAAUUCUUCAUUAUAUUGCUGAAAAGGUGCAUGUUUCAAGUAUCCUCUUCAAUCUGUAAAUUACACUUUUUGAAAUAUUCUGUGUUUUGAUAUGGUGAGAACACUUCAAUCAAAUGAAAAGCGCAAUGAAGUUAUAUGCAGUAUAAAGGUCUUAUUCAAAUCAAUCAAAUUAGAUUGAGCUGUUGAAUCUUUUAUGCAGUCUCAAAAAUGUGAGGAACAUAGAUUUAAUUGUUCUGAUUUUUUUUUUCUUGAGACUGUUUCAUUUACAAAAAUUAACGUGCAUCUGGAAGCAUCUGCCUGAGCCUGUUACUGUAUUUAUCUAGAAUUGUCUUGAGACCUCUUCACUCAUAGUUCCCAGGGACCACUGACACUCAAAAUACAUGCUCCUCAGGUGUUUGUAGGCUGAGAAAAGGGGUAAACAUUUAUUAGAGCUCUCUAAUAAGCAACCAAAGCUUUUCAGAGUGGUGGAUUCAAUGUUAUUUGAAGCAUGCUGUAUGUAAACAUGUGCACAAAUAUAGUUUUAAAUCUCGCCAUGGGCAAUAGACAAUCACUUAAUCGGCUAACUACCUUCUUAGACAUGGAGCACAACAUCAUCUGAAGUAAUUGCUCUUCCUGAGUAACAAAAUAUCUUCAAUAUUAUGUUUAUGAAUUGUCAGUGGUUAAAUGGCCUGUAAGUUAGCAUCUUUUGCCAUUAUUUUGCAUUAUGAAAAUUUCAAAGGCAAAGCCACAAAUCUAAUGAAUUUCUUUGAACCUUGCAAUUGUGUAUCUUCAGCUGUUUUCCAAAUUACUGUCCCUCCAUCAUUGCCUUAAAGGUGUUUUGAGGAUAGGUAUUAUUGCAAUCCCCAUCAGAACUGCAUUAGCAGUAUGGUACUAAUGAAGGGUUCUUUCCUAUGUUUUUAGUUAUGUCUUUCCCAACACUACCUUCAACUAGCUUCAUUAUCUAUCCUUGCCUAAAACUGGUGGAGAGAUAUUUUGACCAUAGAAUGGUUACACUGUACAAGAAGUCCAUUUGGCCCGUUAUCUACACAAGCUUGCCUUUAUAUUAAACAUUGGAUAAUUAAAGCUAUUGGAACUCCAAAACACUUGUUAUGGUUCCUUUAGUACAGAAGGAAUAUUUGGGAGCCCAUGUUUUGAAUCUUCAUUUCAACAGUUCAAAGUUAAAGAGGGAUUCUCUAUCUAUUGUAAUUGCAUAAACUGAUUAUGCAGUUUUUUAUUGACUACAUAUUGUUUAAAAUGUUUCCUUUCUGCUGUAAAACCACGCAAAAGUAUAUAUUGUAAAUUUGUUUGUAAUACGGCUACAAAUUUCUUUGAAAGCACGUGAUGUGAAAUUGAGAUUUAUUCUAUUUCUAAAGCUGGAGUAUAAUUGAGAGUCCAGGUUUACAAAAAGAAAAUUUAAAACUUGAUGCUUGUUUCGUAGGAGUACAUUGUAAGUAAAUUAUUUAUUAACUAUUGUUUAGUAAUGCACAUUCUGGAGUUUAUAAUUAAACUUCUUAAAGUUAA